UACAAAUUAUAUGUAUUCACCCACCCUACCCCUAUCCUCCUCAUGUUACUUUUGAGUAUAAAUAAACACCAUCUCAUCCAUAGCAAACCCUUCCUUCAACACAUACACACAACUUUCCUUGUGCAUUCAUCAAUCAUGUGUUCUUCAGACACCAAACUUGUACAAUCAAAUGACGCCACCGCAACCGUGUCGGACAUCAACGGCCGGCCCGUACUCCAGCCGGCCACACCCAACCGAAAGUCUCCUCCACUCUUGGAACGACGUUCACUCAAAAAAACACUCUCCCUCCCAAAAUCCAUUACUAUGAUUCCAUCUCCAACCAAAUCUAACCAACCUCCACUCUCCCCGAAGCUAAAAUCCCCACGACAACCCGCAGUUAAACGAGACAUGAUGAAUACUAGCUCCGACAAGCUCCUACUACCACUCCCUACCAAAUGCUCAACCACCAAACUCGCUAAGAAAUACAAAAAGUGUAAUGUCACUGGUGACCCAUCUGCGGAUACUGCCACUAGUACCAAGUACUCAUCUGCAUCAAUACCUGGGAGUAUUGCUGCUGCUAGGAGAGAGCAGGUAGCUGUCAUGCAGGUUCAGAGGAAGAUGAAAAUUGCUCAUUAUGGUAGAUCUAAAUCUGCGAAAUAUGAUAGCAGCUGCACCAACCUAACAUCCUACACUUUCGCUGGUGUUAGAGAGGAGAAACGCUGUAGUUUUAUAACUCCCAAUUCAGAUCCGAUUUAUGUUGCUUACCAUGACCAUGAAUGGGGGGUUCCUGCUCAUGAUGAUAAGUUGUUGUUCGAAUUAUUGGUGCUAACUGGUGCUCAAGUUGGAUCAGAUUGGACAUCUGUUUUGAAGAAGAGGGGGCAAUUUAGGGAAGCUUUUUCGGGAUUUGAUGCAGAGACCGUGUCAAAAUAUUCGGAGAAGAAAAUACAAUCAAUCAGUAGCGAACAUGGCAUUGAAGUUAGUCUUGUCCGCGGUGUCGUUGACAACUCUAAAUCUAUUCUUGAGACCAAGAAGGCGUUCGGGUCAUUUGACAACUAUAUAUGGGGAUUUGUGAACCAUAAACCAAUCACAACACAAUACAAGUCAAGUCACAAGAUGCCAGUAAAAACAUCAAAAGCUGAAGCCAUAAGCAAAGACAUGGUGAAGAGAGGAUUCCGACAAGUGGGGCCGACAGUCAUCCACUCUUUCAUGCAAGCCGCGGGCCUCACGAACGAUCACCUCACGACCUGCCCUCGCCACCUUCAGUGUACUGCGGCCUUAGCAUCCUCAGUGUCACCAAACCCUCUAAUUUCCGUGAACUAAAUCGUCAUUUUUAGUUAGUAUCUUAUUAAUUAACAAGUUUAUUUGAUUCUAACAUGACAUACCACCCUUGUUUUUGUUUUUCGGUUUGUGGUUUGCUUUAUGCUAAUGUUGAUUCGGGUUAUGUUUCUUUUUUUUUUUUUCUUUUUUUUUUUUUGUUAGUGUAUUUGGAUGACCAACCCAAAUGGGUAUAGCUGUAUUUACAUGUGUGGUUUGAGUGGUUGUAAAAUUAUUGGUUUGAGUUGAAAUAAAAGAGAUGUGACAAAGCAUGUGGUAGAAAGGAAUCUAUGGCAUGUGCUUGGUGACCA